GAUAACACUAAGAUGCCUUGGGUCACCCUCAAUCCUCCUUUCCGUGGCGAGCACUGUGGAUCGCUCAAGAGACCGCUUCCGUUGUUGGAAAAGAGGCAGUUGGUCAAAGAAGGAAAGCUUUCGCAGCAAGAGCUCACAGCGGCGGAGGAUGAGGCCAUCAAGGCCGCGGUGAAGAUGCAGAUGGACGUAGGUAUCAAGGCUAUCACGGAUGGAGAGAUCAGGAGAGCCAUGUUCUACGAUGGUGUGUUCGAUAACCUGGAUGGCAUGAAAGUCGUCACGGAAGACCACCUCGACCUGUUUAUGGAUUACAUCCCUAUGAAGGCUGCCUUCAAAAUCAAGGGCCCUCCAGCUGCGUCGAUAUGCGUGGGUAAAAUCAAGCGCACGAAACCGUUCUAUGGGCCCGACUUCGACUUCUUGAAGACUAUCGUUCCCGAGAAGGACCACAAAGGCAUCAAGAUCACUAUGGGCCCUCCUAGUUAUUACCACUUGCGUCUAGGGACGAACGCAUACUCCAAAGAUGUGUAUUCUACUGACGAGGAGUACUUUGCCGACCUUACCAAGGCAUAUCGCGAGGAAAUUGCAGACUUGUACAGCCGAGGAUGCAGGAAUGUCCAAAUCGACGAUCCUGGUCUUGCCUAUUUCUGCGACGUCAACAUGGUCAAGGGCAUGAAAGAUCAAGGCCUUGACCCAGACUACCUUCUCAACCUGUACAUCCAGGCAUACAAGGAUUGUCUGUCCGAGAAGCCGGCCGGAAUGAACAUCGGUCUCCACCUCUGCCGUGGAAACUAUACCGGCGGCCAACACUUUUCGCAAGGAGGUUACGACGACAUCGCUAUCAAGCUGUUCAACGAGAUCCCGGUCGACACUUACUACCUCGAGUAUGACAGUGACCGUGCAGGAACGUUUGAACCUCUCAAACACCUUCCCAAGAACAAAGUCGUUGUUCUCGGUCUCGUCACUAGCAAAGCACCCGAGCUCGAGGACAUGGAGCUGCUCAAGAAGCGUAUCGACAGUGCAGCUGAGACGAUCGCGAACGGCGUGCAACCCCGCUCGAAGGCGGAGGCCCUCAAUCAGAUCUGUAUUUCCCCACAGUGCGGUUUCGCAUCAUCUGCGGCCGGGAACCCCGUUAGCGAACAGAAUGUGGUGGAUAAGCUUUCGUUGGUCGUCAAGACCGCGAAGGAAGUUUGGGUUGAUGCUUGAUGCUUGAACUUGAAUUCGAACUCGAAUUUUUUGAGUGCUCUUUGUUGAGGUAUGUCAGACGAGGAGUGUAUACGUAGAUUCAUCUCUACCCUUUGAGAUCCACAGAUAUCGAUCCUGACGCCUUACUUCUUGUCAUCUCCGUGAGGUUUUUGGGAGGUCGACGUUGGAAGGAGUAUCGUUUGGAUUUGCCUAUGUGGUGGCGGGCGCCUGGCGAGAAGCAGUCAUAGGGAAUUUAGGAGAUGUAGAAGAGCUUGUGUACCGGCCGUGCACGAUGUUC